UUGUGUUAUUUAUUUUGAUUUCUAUUCCGCGCUUCUGUUUCUUGCCUUCGUGGAACGCGAUACAUCGAAUUGUCAAAAGCCAUAUCAACGCCAUUGGCACCAGAUUCUAAGCUGCAUGUACAAUUGCGUGGUUUGUGUUGGCGUAUUUGUGAAAUCGUGUUUUUUUCGGGCAACCGUAGAUAAGAGAUAAGCUUCGCUUGUAGUGUUGGCUAUCCCUGGUAGGUGCAUUUAGAAACGCAGCAGAUCUAUCUGAAAGCAAACAGAAGGCACACGUAGCAAAACGAUGGCUGAUGAAGACAAAGGAUUGGUUGCUGGACAUCCCCCAGCAGUGAAGGCAGGUGGAAUGCGUAUCGUGCAGCAUAAGACCCCGAACAGCGAAAGACCAGCCAAGGAUCCGGUCGAGGUCAUCGGGCUUUCGAAUCCAUCACCAAAUGUAAACACCGGUGAGGUGGCUCAGUCGGCAACAAAUGCGAAACAUACUGACCAUUCCGUCGAGGCAUCGCAAGUGGCCCACGCUCAAAAACCUCCGGCACCUGUGCACACCAAGCCCGUGAACCACAUCCAGCAGCCUCGAAAGUGAAUCAUGCAUGUUCAUGCAAUAUCAAUGGGUGCGAGAAGCAAAAGAAGCGGAAGUGAGGAAGUAAUCGACGAUAAAGAAUAUAGGUUAGGUGUUGUACGACCCCUAACCAAGUGUAUUUUGGAAGUAAUGGUAACAUGUGACUAGGGAAGCAAUUAUGCUGAUGGGUGUUCCUUACGAACCGUUCCCUAGCUUUGCUUCAAAAUUUAUGCACAUCAGGUUAAGAAGAUGGCCUUAUCGAUAAUCAAUGUCAGGGCAAAUGUUAUUUUCUUACUCUCAUUAAUUUGCUAAUUUUGGUUCUUUUUUAGCGUUGCUUAGCGCGCAAUAUAACAUUUUCUUUCCAUUUGCAAGACAAAGAUGACCUAUUGAAUGGGGCAGCUUUUGUUUUCCUCUGGUUUUCCUAUGGGUUUGGUAGUUAAGUAAUAAAAACGUGUAACUAUGUACUAACAGAAAAUAACACCCGAGAUGUGCUGCAGUAAUUAUUGCGUAUUGAUUGAAACAUAAUAUGAACUCAAAUUAGUGGGAAGCUACAGGGAGUGUUUGGAAAAGUACAUCAUUUUAUAGAAGUUUUCUUUAUGUCACUAAUCAUCACUUGUUGCCGAAGGGAAGAUAAUUGUUUUUCUUUUGGCAUUCGCACAGGUGUGCGUUAUAAGGUGCUGCACCGAUGUUCCAGCUAUCAAUAAAGCAAUGAAAUGUGUACAAUUA